UACCUACUAACUAUGAAUUCUGACCAAGUAGGGUCCCCCGGGACAAGCCCUAAAGAGCCCGAGGACAGUAAGACAGAGAUGCCAGUAGCCAGCAGCACUCCAGAGGUGACUUGUAGGUGGAAGAGCCAAGCCUUGCCGUUCAGUGUGGAGGCUCUAAUCUCUGAUAGAAAACCCAGCAAAGCUCAGUCUACGAACUCUAUCAACACUGGAACAGCACAGGCUUCAUUCCCAGCUAGGAUGCUGACUGCAGAGAAUGGGAUAUCUCCGGUUCCUGUUUUCCCUCAGUUGGAAGAAAGAUGUAAACCAGACCCUGAGAGCCUUGGAGAGAAAGGUAGCAACCCCUGGUAUCAGAGUUCAUCGUAUUCUUCGCCAGCAAGACAGCCAAGCCCACCGCCAUGCACUUUGAGGAAGCACAAGAAUAACCGGAAACCAAGAACUCCAUUCACCACAUCUCAGCUGUUGGCCUUAGAAAGGAAAUUUAGACAGAAGCAAUACCUUUCCAUUGCUGAAAGGGCUGAAUUUUCAAGCUCUUUGAACCUCACAGAGACACAAGUAAAGAUCUGGUUUCAAAACAGAAGAGCCAAAGCAAAGAGGCUUCAAGAGGCUGAACUGGAGAAGCUAAAAAUGGCCGCCAAGCCACUGUUACCAUCCUUUGCUCUCCCAUUUCCUUUAAGUGCCCAUUUAGGGUCCACUUCAGCUUAUGGACCUCCUAAUUCUUUCCAGAGACCACCGAUGCCUGUUCCAGGAUUGUUCACCACACCGGUCACAUAUGGAAUGUAUUACCUAUCAUAA